CCACUUACUCCUUCUGUACUUGUCUUUGUACUCCCUCACAUUGCCGUCGGGCUCGUCACUAUCCACUCUCCUAUACCCCAUCAUUCUCUUCUCCACUCUUCAUCAUUACACACGCCCGAAGCACAAUGACGCACGCAGGACCCUCCGCUGAGGUCGAGGACUUCAAGUCUGGCCACUGCCAGCGUAUUCGCCUCGCGCCGGACUCAGCGACCAUCACCGACGAGAUGUACGGCGUGCAUGAGAUCAUCGAGGCGCCGCUGCUUGCGCUUCUUUCGUCGGCGCCUGUGCGCCGCCUCGGCCGCGUCCACCAGCACGGCAUGAGCGGCCUGCUGGGCCUCACGCCGCCCGUCACGCGUCUCGAGCACAGUGUGGGCGCCAUGCUCCUUGUUCGCCGCGUCGGCGGCAGCGUGGAGGAGCAGGCUGCCGCGCUGCUGCACGACAUCAGCCAUACGGCGCUAUCGCAUGUUGCAGACGACAUCUUCCCCUGCGACGGGUCCUACCACGAGAUCCACAAGCAUCGGUACGUCGCCACCACCUGCCUCCCCACGCUCCUGCCCAAGAUUGGGCUGCCAGACAAGGUGCUGGACGAAGAGCUGUACGGGCUCGUCGAGCAAGACUCGCCACACCUCUGCGCCGACCGCCUCGAUUACGGGCUUCGCGACGCCGUCGCGUUCAAGUUCCUCCCCCUCGAAACGGCGCAGGCUGUCUUCGCCGACCUCACCGCCUUCCCCUCCCCUUCGGCGCCUAAGCGCUGCCUAGCCCUCCACGACCCCAAGCUCGCCCUCGCCCUCGCCCGCGGGUACAUCGCUACCGAUUGCGCCGUGUGGGGCAAUCCCGCCCAUGCCGACAUGUACAUACGCGCCGCUGCGCUUAUCCGCUCCCUCGUCGAGAACGGCCGCAUGGCUGAGGACGACUUGUGGCUUGACGACGAGGUCUUCUGGGCCACCAUGCGCGACGCAUGUGACGAGGACGGACGUCGCGAGAUGGACGCGCUUUACGCCAUCCCCGAUGAGCAGGGGCUGCGCCUGCGCCUGGAGGCCAAGGUUCGAACUUUGGACCCGGAGCUUGUGGUCGAUGGCUCGCUCGCGCCCCUAUCGCAGGUUACCCCGGAGUGGAAGGCAGAGAGGCAGGCGUAUAUUGCCUCGCGCCACAUUCUAUACCAGCCCCCCUCUCCCGUCCCCGGUGCCUCCACCCGAGCGAACGGCGUCGCAGGCGCGAACAGCGACGUCUGCCCUGGCGAAUGAGCACACCAUCGACAUCAGCAUUACUGUCACUUAUUAAUGUACAUGCAUUGCCUAUACAACCAAACAUGCUACUCAACACACGCCUCCCGCGCCGCCCUGCAAACCGCUCGAGAUGUCUCCAGUAAGCCAGUCGAACAAGGCAAGAAUAUCCACGUCCGGCUCCAAGUCCAGGACCGCCCCGAAGGCAGGCGGAUCGGGCAAGAGAAGUGCCUGCACGCCUUCAAUACCAGGAAUGGCGGGCAUGCUUUUAAUAAGGCUGUUGAUGCGGGGCAUUGCCGAGCCAGCUACCUCCCACUGCGUGC